AAGAUGGAUGCCGGUUCUGCACUUCAGCUUUUUGGUUGGCAUGCCUUUAGUGGAGACUUUCCUUCGGAUGAUUAUCGACGGCUUUCAAGUGACAUUGUCUCUACUACGGGAGAGCUUCCUUUAGCUAUUCAAGUGAUAGGUUCAUUGCUCAAGGGGAAACGCCAAGAAAUUUGGGAAGAGACAUUGGAAAAGUUAAGGAAUGUUCCUACGAAAGAGAUUUUAGAAAAGUUAAGGAUUAGCUAUGAUGAUCUAGAAGAACUUCAAAAACAAAUUUUUCUCGAUAUAGCGUGCUUCUUUGUCAACGAGAUAAGACCGAUGCAAUUUACAUGUGGACUGAUUGUGAAUUUUAUCCAAAGGGAGGAAUUGAAGUCCUUACGGAUAGGUGCUUGAUAAAGAUAUUGGACAAUGAUAAGUUUUGGAUGCACGAUCAACUUAUAGCACUGGGAAGGCAAAUUGUCCAUGAAAACAGUCCAAAUGACCCUGAAAAGCAUAGUAGGUUGUGGAUUGCAAAAGAGGCCCUUCAAAUCAUAGGAACCGAAAAGGUAAGUUAAAAACGUCUCAUUCUCAAAUAAAAGUUGUAUAUCCUAGGAUUGGGGAUUCUUUUUUUUUUUUUUUUUUGUUUAGGAAAUUUAUCAAUUUUUUCUUGCCCAUUUGAGUUGUAAAACAUAGUGGUUGGAAGUUGACAAACUUCUUGGCAUCAUUGCAAAAUUUCACUUGCAGACUAAGUGCAAGGUUCGAGCGCUUAAGAUAUCUAUGUAUGGUUCCCCCAUAGAGAUUAGAAAUGAAGACUUUAAAAGGUUGCCGAACCUAAGAUUCCUCGAUUUAAAAGGGGGAACUUAUGUUGGGGACUUUGCAAUGUGUCAUUCGAAUUUGAGAUGGUUUUCUUGGAGUUGGGAGGAUCAUGGGAUGAAUAAACUCGAUUUGGAUCAUGGGAUGAACAAACUCGAUUUGGAUUUUAGGGCAAGCAAUUUGUAUUUGGAUAAGCUUGUUGUUUGUAAACUUCACGGCCUUGAUUUCAAGGAUGAUUGAAAAGCAUGGGACUUGAUCAAGAGAGCAGAAAAUUUGAGAGUUCUAUCUAUUACUUGGUGUUCUGGCAUAACGACAAUCCCAAACAUCUCUAGAUGCUCAGCUUUAAAGAGAUUUGACUCUUGUUCGAUGCUCCAGUCUAAAGAGAAUUGAAAGCUUCAUUGGAGAUCUACAAUCAUUGAUUGAGUUAAAGAUUAUAGAUUGCUUGAAUUUAACUGAUUUACCGAAAGAAGUGGGGGCACUAGUGAAGCUCAGGUGUUUCUCCUUGCAGCAUUGUAAAAGGUUGAGAGAACUUCCAGACUCAUUUGGGAAUUUGACCUCAUUGACAAAGUUAGAUUUGUUAGGUACUUGCAUUGCCAUACUUCCAAAUUCCAUUGGAAUGUUAAAAUUUAAAUAUUCGUAGUUUGAAGCUUGUGGAUUUUUCUUUUGACAGGAACGAUAAUAAUGGAACUUCCCAACUUCAUUUUACAGUUAAAAUCAUUAGAGAUCUUGCGCUUUCCAUUGUGGCCAUUGAAUGUAAAGUAUCUUGAUUGGCAAUUAACUUGUGGCAUUAGCACUUUGGUAAAUCUUAGAGAGCUGGAUCUCUCUAGGCGUACUAGAAUGAAAUGUGAAAUUCUCAUUGAAAGUGGUGGAAUUCCAAUGGCAAUCAACACGUUUCAUGACCUCCACAUCCUAGAUGUAACCCAUUGUCAUGAGAUUCAAGAGUUACCGGAGCUUCCCACAAGUUUGACCUAUCUACGUCUUCAAGCCACAUCAUUGCUCAACACCCUUGGCUUGUCAAAAGUUACUAAUUUGGUUAAUUUGCUACUAUGCAAUGGCUCUGAUUAUGAAGGCAAAUCAAAGCUAAUCCCAGGAUGCGACUUAAGGGGGAUUGUGAAUUUAUCUAGAUUGAAAUGGGUGGAGUUAAGAGUGUUGAACGUCCCUGCAAAUCCACAGUUGACUUAUCCUUCUCAACCACUAGAGAUUGUUUUGGGACACUUGGACUCAAAACCCCUUGUGCAGCUUCCAUCCUCCAACUGGAGGUGGAGAAAUUUGUCAACUUUAGAGAUCUAUUUUUGCGAAGUGGAAGACAUUUCACUAGAUGGACUAUCACAACUGGAGAACUUAAGGGUUUGUGGAUGUGAAUGGCUUCAGAGAUUAUCCAUUCCUUUAGAAUUAAGGAAGCUGCGGCAAGCGACGAUGGAAUCUUGUCAAGCCCUAGUUGAGAUACAAGUUGUGGACGUUUCAAAAUCGUUGGAAGGCUUGACUGUCCGUUAUUGCGAAUCUUUGACAAUAAUAAGUGGGUUAUCAUACUUGAAGAACCUGGAGAGAUUUUUAAUUCAAAGUUGCGGUGUACUUACUAAUGUUGAGGGCCUAAACGGGCUAGAGUCUCUGAAAGCUUUGUCUGUCUACUGGUGCUGGUCAUUGAAAAGGUUGAUUGAUGCAUCUGGCACAAAAAUACCAUAUGAUUGCAUCGUCCUUAUACAGGGGUGUGGAUACUUCAUCAAAGAUUCUAUCAAAGAUCCUAUGUCUAUGGAGACAACGCUUUUGAAGCAUUACAGAAAGGAUAUUCUUCAGAAUACAUCAAAGGAUUCCUUCACAAUCCGAUACCACCUUGGAGUAAAGAAGCCCAGUGACGUGUGGUUUUGGGUCUGUUCAUGGAAUAGAGAAAGAAAAGGAAGGCGUCGACCCUGAUUCAGUGACAUAUGAAGGAUUGAUUGUUGACAUGAAAAGUUCCGGCUUUCGUUUCAAGAGAAUGUGGUGUGAGACCAAGGAUACUUACAACAUGCAAAUGGAGAUCAAGGGGGAUGGGAACGUGAAUGAAAUGUUGGACCAGGCAUGUAGACGAGGAUUCAUUAUUCAUUUGUACAUCAAGGGAGGGGUCGACAGUGAGUGGGAGGGAGAAUACGAUGAGGAGAUGAUGAAGAUGUUAAGGGAGAAACGGAGAAUGAAGACUGACGUGUAUUCCAAUGAGGAUGGGGCUAAGGGGGACGUUUCAUGUCCUAAUGAAGACUCAAACUUUGCACCUGUGGGUGGUGAAAGCGAAACUCAUGGCAACUCCUCCGUUGAUGAUUCCGAGUUAGGGUGGGACAAUGCUGAAUGUUUUGAGGAUACGACGUCAAUUGCAGAAGAAGAUUUAGACAGUGUUAAACGGAGCUUCACGAAAAACCUAGAGAUGAGGAAACAAUAACUUUGGAGCAUUACAGAGAGGAGAUUUUUCUGAAUACAUUAAACAAGUCAUGUCGGCUCAAGAGUACAAGUGCUAAACACGGCAAGAGGCAGAGAGAUGAUGAUCAUGCAAGCCACGCCAACACCACAGCAAAGAACUCUACUCGUGGCCAGCAGAGUGGCAUUCCUCAGCAUGUUACAAGAAGGACC